UUGUCGUCUGCUGCAAUAAUUAGCAUAUCGAAUCAAAAAAUGAAGGUUUUUGUGCAGUAAUUGUAAUUCUUUGUAUUUGUAAUUGUGAGUUGUGCAAUGAUUUGAUUUUAUUGUUAUUCAACAUGCUUAUUUCCAUAAAAUACAAUUUCAUUCUAUGUGUUCUAAAUUUUUGGCUGAUUCCAAAUGUGAACAGCUCCAUUCACAAGAAUGUCAAAUACUUUGAUACAAUCCAUGCAUCAGAUCUUAGCCACUCAAUUGUAAAGCGAGGCUUGAAAGAAAGUAAUCAUCCUUACAAUAAAAUCAAAGAAGUCCGAUUCAGUACUCUGGGAAAGGACUUUAGACUGAUACUUACUCCAAGAAAAGGAGUUCUUCAUUCAAAAUUCCAAGCUUAUAGUGUUGAUGGUGAUGGAAAGGAGAAACCUGUAUUCAUUGAUCAUGAAAACUUCUAUGAUGGGAGAGUAUUUGGUGAGACGUGGUCCGAUGCAAGUGUUCACAUGGAGGAUGGAUUAAUGACUGCAACUAUACAAGUACCUGAUGAAACAUAUCAUAUCGAGCCAUCUUGGAGGCAUCUACCGCAUCUUGAUAAUAAAACCAUGGUCACCUAUAGAGCAUCAGAUGUUCAAUUCAGUUGGGACCAAGGCCAAACACCCCAUCGCCCCUGUGCUCAUGUCAAGGAAGGUGAUGAUAGCGAAGAUGAUGAUGAUGACGAUGAUACGGAAUUGGUAAAUGGUCCAGUCGAUGAAAUUAUUUUUGAAAAGGACGAGGAUAGUGAUGUGAAGGUCCGAGCCAAACGACAAUCAGACACAUAUGAAUACACUCCCACAAAAACAAGAUGUCCUCUUCUUCUGGUCGCCGACUAUAGAUUCUAUCAAGAAAUGGGAGGAAGCAAUACUAAAACGACAAUAAAUUAUCUGAUCAGCCUUAUAGAUCGUGUGCACAAGAUUUACAAUGAUACAACUUGGCAAGACCGUUCGGACCAAGAGGGCUUCAAAGGUAUGGGAUUCGUGAUCAAGAAAAUAGUUGUGCAUUCCGAGCCAACACGAGUGCGCGGUGGAGAGGCACAUUAUAAUAUGGUUCGGGAAAAGUGGGAUGUUAGAAAUCUUCUGGAAGUAUUUUCAAGAGCAGCAAUUCUGAAAGAAUUCUGUUUGGGCCACCUGUUCACUCAUCAACAAUUCCGAACAAAAGAAACGUCAGUUCUUGGCUUGGCGUACAUUUCUUCGCCUCGAUUCUACUCGACUGGCGGCAUUUGUAGUCGUGAGUACUUCAAAAAUGGCUACACUCUGUAUCUGAACUCGGGAUUGAGUUCUAGUCGGAACCAUUACGGUCAGCGAGUGAUCACCAGAGAAGCCGAUCUGGUGACUGCACAUGAGUUCGGGCACAACUGGGGGUCAGAGCAUGAUCCUGACAUAAACGAAUGCAGUCCCAGUGCUAGUCAAGGCGGAUCUUAUCUAAUGUACACUUACAGUGUCAGUGGAUACGAUGUCAAUAAUAAGCGGUUCUCGCCGUGCAGUUUGCGGUCGAUUCGCAAAGUGCUGCAGGCGAAGUCGGGUCGGUGUUUCUCGGAGCCAGAGGAGUCGUUCUGCGGCAAUCUGCGCGUGGAGGGCGACGAGGAGUGCGACGCCGGCCUGCUAGGCACCGAGGACAACGACGCCUGCUGCGACAAAGUCUGCAAGCUGCGUCACAACCAGGGCGCCGUCUGCAGUGACAAGAACUCGCCGUGCUGCCAGAACUGCCAGUAUAUGGCGGCGGGCAUCAAGUGCCGAGACGCGCAGUACGCGACCUGUGAGCAGGAGUCACGCUGCACGGGCAGCAGUGCCCAGUGUCCCAAGUCGCCGCCCAUGAGUGACGGCACCAGCUGCCUCGAGAAGGGCAAGUGCAGCCUCGGUAAAUGCAUUCCCUUCUGCGAAACACUCGGUAGGCAGAGUUGUAUGUGCGACGUCAGUAAGUAUUCUCCACUUGCAAAUGCCUGCAAAAGGUGCUGUAGGAUGACAUUCAAUGACUCUUGUGAACCAUACGACCAGAAUGAUAUUCUUCCUGACGGUACACCGUGUAUUCAAGGAUUUUGCAAUAAGGGAGUAUGUGAGAAAACCAUUCAGGAUGUCGUUGAACGCUUCUGGGAUAUUAUUGAGGAUAUCAAUAUAAACAAAGUCCUCUUGUUCCUAAGAGAUAAUGUUGUUGGCACCGUCAUUCUGGUAACAGCUAUGAUAUGGAUACCAGCUAGCUGUCUGAUCAACUACGUUGAUAAGAGGCGACUGCGCAGAGAAGAGAAGCGAUCCAAGUGGAAACAGACUGAUGACUUCUACUAUCCAGCCGACACUCGGCGAGUUGUGAUUCACACUCGGGUGCCUCGCAGCUCCAACCAGAGAAUCACGUAGCCGGACUAUUCUUAUGAAAAACCAUUGUCAUCUUUGUUACCCUCACAAUAUUAUUAUUAUCCGCACACUAGUCUCUGUCCAUAUUGUGCUUCAGUAUUAUAGGAUUAAGUUUAUAGUUUUCUGUAUGAACAAAGUGGUGAACAAAAAAUAAUUCAAGUUCAAUAGAUUCUGUAAACAACAUUGUAUUAUUUUAUUAAGAAUAGCACUAAACAUGUCGCAUGUGAUAUGAUAUUGUACUUAACACUAAUUUAAUGUGAUAUUGAUUUUGUACUCUAUUUUUAAAAACCAACCUUUUUUUUUGUUUCAUUAGGUGAAAAUAUUUUGUUAUCAGUAUCUCUUUUUAGACUAUUCUAUUCGUGGUCUUAAAGCAAUGUCAACGUUCUUCUCUAAGCGCUACAGUCCUGGGUGGACCUUGGCUUUCUCAACUAUUUGCGUCCAUUCAUCCCGCACCACCGUUUUUCGUCUCCAGCCUCUCACUGACAUUGACGUCAGGUCUACCUCUCUUUCUUGUGCCCAGCAUCCUGCCUUCAAGCAUCUGUUUCUGUGUUCUAUUGUCGCUCAUUCUGUAUAAAUGUCCAAGCCAGCUGAUUCUCCUGGAUUCGACAAAACGUAAAAUAUUGGCUCCUUGUAAAAUUCUUUGAAUUUCCUCAUUGGAUCUUAUUUUAAAUUCUCCAUCGUAAUACAGACCCUUAUAUGUUAACGUUGAUAGAUUUUAUUUGAGCUCUUAUCUCAUCCAAAUUAAUUAAACUUUGUAAUUUGUAAUUAAACUUCAUCAGCAAAGUAUUCACUCAAAACGUGUUUAGAUUAAAUGUUUAUAAAGUUUUAAAUAAACGGUAUUGAAAGUA